UAGAUUUCCGGGGUUCGGUUCGCUUUGAAUCUUCUGGGACAUGAAUGAACAAAGCCGCGUUUAUUCCGCGGGACGCUAAAUACGAUCUCGAGGCUCUUCCUGUGAAGACGAAAGCUAGUAUUUUGCCCCAGCACCGUCUCGGUAGUUUAAGUGAAUCCUAAAUUUCAUUAAAUUUCGCGCUCAUCCAUCUGGCUUCCUUCGUUAACCUGGUCUUCAUACCUGGGCUGUGGACUUAAACCGUUUCUAAUAGAGAAUAAAAAAUGAUCCUAUCUGGUCAUAUUUUAGUACUUUUUUUUGGAUUGGUGAAAUGUCAAUCGACGGAUAUUGUUCAAACGACCAACGGACCUGUCCAAGGAGAAAUUUUGAAGACCGUUGUCCAAUCGGUUGAGUACUCAUCUUUUAAAGGAAUCCCUUAUGGGGAAGCGCCAACUGGAUACAACAGAUUUAAGCCUCCAGUUAAAAAGAAGGCAUGGACGGAAGUUUUAGUAGCCACUCAAGAAGGAAGUGUCUGUGUCCAAAUGGAUUUUGUUUACGGAAAUUUCACUGGAGCCGAAGAUUGCUUGUAUCUGAAUGUCUACUCUCCACAUACAAAAUUAUCAGAUAAAGUUCUCGAUUUGAAGCCCGUAAUUGUCUGGAUUUAUGGUGGUAGCUUCAAAUCAGGAUAUUCAAACAGUUCUCUUUAUGGACCCGAUUUCAUAAUCGAGGAAGGCGUCGUCCUCGUUACCUUCAAUUAUCGUUUAGGUCCAUUCGGAUUUUUGUGUCUAAACCAUCCCAAUGCCACUGGAAAUGCUGGUCUUAAGGAUCAAAAUAUGGUCCUCAGAUGGGUUAAACAAAAUAUUGAUAAGUUUGGAGGAGAUCCAAAUAGUGUGACAAUUAUGGGUCAAUCCGCCGGAGGGGUUGCUGUGGAUUUUCAUUCUCUGUCACGCAUGUCUCGAGGAUUGUUUCAUCGAUCAAUUGCAAUGAGUGCUGCCGUUUUCUGUCCGUGGGCAUUUCAUACACCCGUGGACGCCGUGAAACGAGCUUUUCAAUUAGGCAAUUUACUUGGACAAAAUACAACCAAUGUAGAUAGUUUGUUGGAGACUUUAUAUGAAGCUUCAGCAAAAGACAUAGUGGAAAACACGGAGAAAGUUAGUACGAUUGAUCCUCCAUUCAAGCCUACGCUAGAAGAUGCCAAAAUUGCUCCAGACGAAGAAAAAUUCAUGACAGAAUGUUACCUGAGAAAAUAUAAAAUGGGAAACUUCUACCAAGUGCCUCACUUAAUGGGUUUUACAUCCUUCGAGACUAUUGCCUUUGGCAUGGGUGCGGAUCGAAUACAUCAUUUAUUGAGUUACGUAUUUAAGUCACUUAGCGCCGUUGCUAAGAAUUUACCAAUUUUUUUACCUUUUUAUCAAAUGACGACUGAUAAAAUUGCUCAUUUGCCAACUGCAGCUUUGUAUACACUUAUUAAUGAAACAACUGAUUUGAUGUUCGUAGCUGGAAUAGACUAUAAGCAACAAUUUUUUGUUAAAAAAAAAGAACACCCAGUUUAUUAUUAUCGUUUAAUUUUUGACACGGAUGAAUCUUUACACCGUGUCCUUUACGAUAUCAAAUUGAACGGAACUGCACACGGGGAUGACUUGGCUUAUUUGUUCUACAUUUCUUUGGCCAAUCCAACCCUCAAUCCCACAAAUCGUGUAUCGAUUGCAAGGCAAAGGAUCGUAAGAAUGUGGACAAACUUUGCUAAAUAUGGAAAUCCGACUCCAGCUGGCAAGGAGGAUAAGUUAUUAAACAUAUCAUGGCCCGAUUCUGGAAUUUCUGGUGAACAUUUGGAAAUUGGUGACGAAUUGACGGUAAAAUCUCGGCCAGUAACUACUAAUGCUAAGUUGUACCAAUUGGGCCUAAUUUUUCUGGCAGGCAUUCAAAGUGGAUGUACCUGUAUACAUUGCAAAGAUUUAUAAUGGUUCUCCCAUUCAUAAUAAUUUUGUAAAAACUUUUUUGCAAUUAUUUAAAACUGUUUUAAAUUGUGCGAAGUCAUUGCCAUAAACCACAUGAUUUUUAAAUUACUCAUAUCAGUAGUAAACAAAUUUCAUUUAAAUAAAAAAAUUGCAUUUUCGUUAUUUAUUCUUAAUUUAUUGGAUGAUAUUUAAUUAAUGUUAAAUUCGACGAAUGCGGAGUAAUCCUAAACAGUUCCAAUUAAUUGUAAUUAGUUUAGGGGGAUUUUGAAAUUGGUUCCACUGACUUAUUUGUAAAUUCCUUUCUAAACCAAAAAAAAAUGACCAAAUAAAUAAGUGAAAAAA